GGUGGAUUUUGGGGGCGAGCGCGUGCUUUGCAGUGUGUUUGUUGCUUUCUCUCUGCUAAUGAUGAUGAAAGAAAUUAAAGAGAUUUUUCCUGAUUACCACGACGGAGAGUUUCUGGCUCCUAAAAGCGGGGCGAAGCUGGCCUCUCUGUUUGGUCUGUGUCAAGCUGAGCCUGAAGGAAAUGAGUCUUUCAAGUUCACCGCCCCCAAGCAGCCCAAAAAAGUCCCCUCUGCUCUUGGUCCACCUCCUCAGAAACAAGCCCCUCUUUCACCAGCUCCAGCCGUCUUAUUGGCUGUUGCUGUCCAUGCGUUUCACUUUGUGAACGGACAAUACGCUAAGCGUGGCAAGUUGGGCGUGGCCAUCCUGGGAAACCAUGUGAACAAAGAGUAUAAAGUCCUGCUUUAUGGCAGUCAACAGAAACAAAUCACUACAGCACGAAUCCACCAUGGAUUUGUCCUCACGGUUCAGCCUGGUAACUACACUGCCUUCUAUGAUGAUCAGCGGCAGAGCUGGUCUCUGAGGUUUGACUCGGAGGAAGCUAGAAUAAAUUUCUGUAAAGAGGUGUGUGUGGCCAGGUGGAACAGUCAGACCUGCAGGGACACUCUGCUGACUCAGGACUUGGUCCAUGGAGAAGGACAGACCGUCAGCAUGGGGGACACAGUGGAGGUGGCCUUGUCUUGCUGGCUGCUUCAGAAUCAUGCUGUGGGACAGAUAUUUGAUUCCAGUUCAUGCAAAGACGAGCUCCAGCGAGUUAGCCUGGGCUCUGACACGGCUCUGAUGGGAUGGGAAAAGGGGAUGUUAGGGAUGCAGACAGGAGGUCGGCGUCUCAUAAUUGUUCCCCCCAGCAUGGGCUGUGGGUCAAAAGGCUUUCCAAACCGUGUACCACCCUCCAGCACACGAGUGAUUGCUGUGGAGGUUCAUCAGGUUAAUCUCUCCAAAGAUGCAGACUGCCAUGCUGCAGGAUCGACAGACAGCAACAAGUCUUUAGUCUCUGGUCUAGACAGAGUAAAUAUUGAGAGUUCAGUCCAGUCUGCUUUGGGCUGCUCUGACCAAGGGUUCGUUCAAGACGUUUCACAGUCUAACACUAUACAGAUUUUGUCUCUUCAUGCCACUGCAACACCUCUAAUUAACAAGCCACCUAGCUAUCUAUUCCAAGCGUAUGCUUCAAAUACCACAUGUCUAGCCCAUGUUGUUUUGAGUUGUCAGUGUGAGUUCAGUGUCUCUGUAAAGCAGGAAAGCAGAGAGUCUGCAUCAGUGUGUGGGUCGCCAGCCCAAGCUGCUUCUGCGUCUCUACUGCCUGUAGAAACGGCUUCCUCGAGAUCAUCAUCCGCCGUCUCCUCAAAACCUGCAGCUGUCCAACACCCAGAGGCAGUGAAUACACGCACGGCUCAGGAGGUGCAUGUCUGCUCAGAUCGAGCUUUCCAGCUGCAACCUUUGACGUUAACCUUUCCACCCCAGCACACAUCAUACCUGAAUGACGUUGGCUCCCUCAUGAUAACUGAGGCGCGGCUGCAUAAUACUGAAAUCCGGUUAGCUGUUGCAAGAGUGACUGAUAAAGUUGACUACUUGGCUUCUAAGGUGGAUGAACUACGUAUGCAAGGUAUUUCCUCUUUUGCUCUGUCCAGUGGCUCUCUGGAAACAUCCAUGAUCUUGCACAACAUACAGAGAAUUAUUCAGGAAAAUGAAAUUCUGAAGAAGGAGGUUCUAGAGAAGGGCUCUAGAGUACAGGAGCAGGACUGUAAAUUAGGAGAGCCCAUUGAAGAGAGGCAUGUCAUCUCAAAUCCAGUUUUAGGCACUAAUUAUUCUUCUUCCAUCUUUAUCCAGUCAGCAUCUUAUUGUGUGUGUUUUAGGUGUAUGGAGAAACGCAGCUUGCUGCUGGAACAGACAAAUGACGUUCUUCAGAGCAGCAGUCAUCAUGCCAGGCUUCUACAAGCUGAACAGGAGAAGGUGCGUUUGGCUGAAGAGUUGGACGCAUCCUCUUCUCGUGUGUGUACGCUGCAGCAGGAAGUAGACGGUCUCCAGCAGAGGUUGACAGAGCUGCAAGCCGAGCUCAGUGCCGUCGUGCAGGACAACCAGAGCCGCUGUGCUCGGAUCAGUUCUCUGGAGUCUAAGGUGGAAGAGAUGAAGGAGGAGGUUGCACAGUCUCAGCAGCAGUGGAGAGAAGAGAAAUACAAGUGCAGAAAGAUGGAACGGACAAGGACAAUCAUGGAGGAGGAGAUCCAAGACCUGAGGGCAGAGAACGAGAGCCUUAACCAGCUGCUGUCAGACAGGAAGAGGAGGUGGCAGCAGGAACGGGAGUGCUUUCUAUUGGAGCAGGAGAAGCAGCGCAGCAGCAGUGAUCAAGAACGGCACCAGCUCUUUGACCAGCUCAGGGAAGCCAGAUUCCAGGCUGGAACACACAGCAGACCACAGAUUGAGCUGGAGUGGCAGGAGAGGUGUGAUGCAGCACUGAAGGAGCAGAAAUUAAAACUAGAAGAAGUGAUUUCUCUGCUACAAAAACAGAAUGCAAAGUUACAGAAGGAACUAGAGAGAGAAAGACAGCAACUUGAGUCCCAGCUGGCUGUACAGGUGAAAUGGGUGAUGAACGGGCUGUUCCACUCUCUGAGGGCAGAGUUUGAUCGGCACGAGUCUUAUUCUGGUGAAUCUGUCCUACAGAUAGUCCUCAGUACCAUCAAGUGUGUGACUAUGCGGUUCCUUAAGGAGCUCAAGUCUGAGGAGGAGGAAGAGGAGGAGUAUAUCUCUGCAGAGGAGAGACUUGGUGGAAGAAUGGAAGAACAUGGAAUAAAAAGUGAGGAAAUGGAAAGCCCCCAGAGCCUGGACACCUAUAUUACAGCAUAUGAAACCAACAGUCUAGAAGCUUCUGAAGUGAGCACUGCUUUUUCAUUCGCUUCGGAUGUAGACACGCAGCCAUUGACCUCACCGAGUGAAGGCUUUGAAAAUGAAAUCCGAGGUCAAUCAUAACUGGAGACAUAAAAUGUAAAAAAAAAAAUUCCAGUAAUCGGAACCUGCAAUAAUUCACUCUGACCGUUCCAACAAGGCAAACAGAGGUGUUGUAGGUCAAACU